AUGAACAAGACACUGCACUGGCAGCAGCGUAUCGCCCUUGUCCGCCACAACCUGCACGCUGCACACCGUUCUGGCGACUUCACCUUCUUCAAGACCUUGCAGGCUCAAGCUCUUUUCGACAAUACCAAUCACGUUGCUACAUUGUCAGCCACUCUUGGUGAUGAAGCCGACAGUAUGCUGUCCGGUCUCGAUGAUCUGAAUGCCUCGAUUGCUCAUGUACACGAGGACGCUCUCAAGAACGUUUACAACAGUCUUAGAACUUAUCUUUUCGAGUCUGGUGUCAGCAAUGGCGGAUGUGAUGAGAAGAGCAAGGUCUUUGUCGAUGUUCAGAUGCAGAAGCAGAUGGCAGAUCAUGCGAUUGACAAAGCCACUUCUUCUGCCAUUGCUCUUAUCCAGCAGCAGCCUGCGAGUGUCCAAGAUACUGCUGCCGCUGUUUGGAUUACCGGCACCACCAUCAUCGCCGACAGCGUCGAGAUUGUUUUGAAACAUCUCUUAGCGCUUGAAGAGAACAUGCAUGACUUUAUACGCCUCAAAGAAAGCUGGAAUGAAGUCAAGACAAGCGUUGGGCACAGCGUGUCAGCCUUGAAGGGAGUCUUCAGCCUCAUGAGCGGUGAGCCCGAGCCCGAUACUGUCGGUGCCUCAUCCCGCUCAUCCAGCUUUUCUGGAACCAUGUUCCGCCGCUUCUCAAGUGCCUUCAGCUCCGCACCUGCCAGUCGCUCCUCUACUGCAUCGGCAGCGUCGCUUCCUGGCAGUCGCUCUGGCUCUUUCUCGACCCAGAACCAUCAUAUCAGGUCUUCGUCAUUCCACGCCCCUGACUAUACUGGACGCAACAGCUUCCGCAACAGUGUUUCUUCGGCUUGUCCUAUGUCUUUGCCUAGCAAUCAGGGGUGGAAGCAUACUAAUCUUGAUACUAUUCCGCCAACCCCUGCGGCUGGGGAUAUUGGUGACCAGGAGGUUAAUCCGUUUGAUACGUCUGUGCCGCCCAUGCCGGAGAUUCCUAGUUUGAUGGAUCUUAGAUCCGAGCAGGCUGUGAUGUGA